AUGUCUUUUAGUGAUAUACAAGAACAACAAUUAAUUGACUGGGUUCGUCGACAUUUACCAGAAGAGUUAAUUUUAAAUACUGAGAAAGAUUUCAGAGAUGGAGUACUUUUAAUAAAAUUAUGUUGUAAAAUUACACAUACAAAAAAGUCAACGUAUAAACAUACAACGAAUAUUAAAGGAAGAAUUCAAAAUAUUGAGUCUGCAAUGAAAAUGAUAAGUGAUAAGUAUGGAGAGAUUGAAGGUAUUUCAGUUAGCUGUAUUGCUAAUGGAAAUAAAGACCAAACAUUGUCAUUUUUAAAUUUUAUUAAACUCCAAAGAAAAUUUGAAAAAGAAAGAAGAAAACAACAGUAUAUAAAAAUUAGAAAAGAUUUAAAAAUUUUUGAAGAAAAAACAAGGUUAAUGAAAAUUACUACUAAUUUUUCAAUUUGUGAAUCAUCUGUUAAAGAUGGCUCAGUUAGUAGAAAAAGAGCUUUUACUACGCGUAAAGAUGGAGUUAUUCAAAUGACUGGAACUACUCUUAUUAAACAACAACAAAACCAAUUUAGAGAACGUACUAUGUCAUUAUUAAAUCCAAUUGCUCAUUCAAAAAAGAAUGAUAAAAGAAUUACUCUUGAAUCUUCUCAUCCUUCUCAAUUACUUCAAAGUUCUUCAGGUUGUGUUAUUGAACAAUUAGCAAUGACUCUUCCAUCAAGACCAAAAACUGGAUUUGGUACACCAGCAAAAAAGAAAAGUAGAGUUAUUGCUGUUAGAAAUGGAAAUAUUGAAAGAAAAAGAGCGUCAUCUGUAGCAGUGUGUCAAAUUAAGUCUGAAAAAAAUAUAUUAAAAAAAGAAGAGUUAAAACAAAAAGAAUCAUCUUCAUUUAAAAAAGAAGAAGAGUUAAAAACAAUUAAAGAAAUUGAUAAAGAAAUUGAUAAAGAAAUUGAAAUAAGAAGUAAAGAUGAUAAUAGUAUUAAUGAAAAUGUUAACGAAAAUAAAACACCUGAAAUAAGUGAAGAAGAACAAUUUUCAGAAUUAGAUAAUUCAGGAGAUGAAAAAGAAAUUGAUAGAUGUGAUUCGAUUACUAUUCCUAAUAUUGAAAAUAUACCAAAAAAUAAUACAGAAGAUAUUAUAGGUUCUAAUUAUUCAUCAAACAUUUCAUCACCCAGAUCAGAUAAUGAAGAAGAAACAUUUAUUGAAUUUGAUGAAAAAGAAGAUCAAGAUUUAUUAAAAUGUAUUGUUAAAAGAACAUCUGAAGAAGAAACAAAUAAAGUUGAAGAAGAAAUUAAAGAAAUAUCAAAAAAUAUAUUUUUAAUGAAUGGGAUUUAUUAUAUUGUAACAGAUAUUAUUGACGGAGAAAAUAUAUUACAACCAUUAGAUUUAAGUGAGACAACUCUUAUUUGUUUUAUUCAAUCAACGUUUAGAAGCAAAUUAUUAAUUAAUGAAUAUAAACAAAAAUUAAUUGAACAAAAACAACAUCUUCACAAUAUUCAAAAAUUAAUUAAAGAAAAAGAAGAAAAUGUAAUAAAAAUUCAAUCAAUUAUAAGAGGAUAUCAAUUUCGUAGUAGUAAAAUGUAUCAAAGAAUGAAAAAUUUAAAAUUUGCAGUUAGAGAAAUAUUAGAGAGUGAAAAAAAAUAUUUGAAUGAUUUAAAUAUUAUUAAACAAAUGAUAGAUAAAACACAAGAAUUAUUACCAAAAAUUGAUAUUGUUAAUCAAGCAAAAUUAGUAAAUGAAACAAUGAUUAAUUGUAAUCAAUUACUAUUUAAAAAUCUUGAAGAUAUUAUUAAAAAAGAUAGUUAUGGAAAACAAAUUUAUUCUGCUUUUAAUGUAUUUAUAAAAUAUUUAUCAUAUUAUACUACUUAUAUGAAUAUUUAUUUCCCUUUAAAAACAUUUUAUGAAAGUGAUAAUAAUACUAUUAAAUCCCUCGUUAAAAAAUUAUCUAAAGAAUUUCUUCAAAAUACACCACCUGAUAAUUAUUUAAUUCGUCCUAUUCAAAGACCACCUCGUUAUAAAUUAUUACUUGGUGCAGUUAGAGAUAGUUUACCUAGUUGGUGGAAUGAAGAAGAUUUAGAAUUAAAAAAUUGUAUUUCAAAAAUAAGAGAAGCAAUUUUUCAUUUAAAUAGUUGUAUGAAAAAGAAUACAGAUCAAAAAGCAGUUAAUGAUUUAUUUUCUAAAUUAUCAUUCCCAAAAAAGUUUCAACCAAGUAAAGACGUUCAAAGAAAAAUUGUUCAUCAAGGAUUUUUAAUUAGAAAAACAAAAAAAUUAGAAGAAUUUUGUUGUUUUUUAUUAAAUGAUUAUUUCUUAAUGACUAAAGUUAAAAGAGAAGAAGUUGGGGAUAUUCCUAGUGAAAAUUUAAAAAAUAAAACUAAAGUUUAUCAUGUUAUUGAUUUAAGACAAGUUACUUUAAUGGAUGUGCCAAAUGAUGUUACUACAUUUUGUAUUAAUAUUCCAGAAAAAUGUUUUAUUCUUCAAGCUGAAUCAGAAGAAGAUAAAAUUACUUGGAUGCAUGAAAUUGAUGGUAUUUUCUCUUUACAACAACAAAAAUUAAUUAGUAGAAUUGAAAAUUUACAAUACCAAUUAAAAAGUAUUGAUAUUGAAGCUUUUAAUAAAACAGAAUUUCUUAUUCAUCCAGAAUAUGAAGAUACUAUUCAAUAUUUUAAUCAAACAACUAAUUCUUGGGAAGAAUUUUAUAUGAUGCUUCAUGGAAAUGUUGUUUGUUUAUUUGUUAGUGGUGAGUCUGCUGCAACACUUCAACCACCAAUAUUAGUAUUUGAUAUUCUUCAAUUAAAGUUUAAAGGAUUAUUAAUUUCUACAAGAAAAUAUUCUUUUGAAAUGAAUUAUAAAAAUUAUACUUACAUUUUUGCUACAGAAAAUAAUCAUUGUAAAUUUGUUUGGUUAUUUUUAUUAAGAAAUGCUUUUUAUAAGAAUUGUAGAAUGGUACUUGAUCUUCAUGAAUUUAAUGUUAAUGAAUUUAAUAUUAAUCUUCUAAAAACGUGGACUUCUUUUGAUGACAUUCCUCCUUCAGAUGAUGAAAAUUAUAAAUACCUUAGAAUGCUUCUUCUUCAACCUCAUAAUCAAAUAUGUACAGAUUGUUCUGAACGUCAAUCUUCGUAUGUUGACUUGGACUAUGGUGUGUUUAUUUGUGAUUUAUGUGCCUCUCUUCAUACAACAUGUAAUCAUACAAAACAAAGUUAUAAUCCUGUAAUUACUUUCUCAGAAUGUCUUAAUGUUCCAUUUGAAGCACUUGCUAAACUCCAUGAAUAUGGAAAUAUGAGAGGAACUAUUUUGUACACUAAAAAAGCAUCAGAAACAACAUAUAGACCAUCUAAAAAAGAAAUAAAUAGCAACGAAACUCUUAGAAAACGUUGGACUUUCGCAAAAUACGCUCAACCAAGAAGUUCUGUUUUUGAUUUUUAA